AUGACUCUAUCACGUUCAUCUCGCCAGGCGUUGCUCCUUGGUCGACAAUUAGGUCGCCAGAGCUCUCGCUCACAGAAGCGAGCUGUCGCAAACCUCACUCCACCACACCAGGCCAAUGCCAUCUCAAGGAUUCAGACUGUCGUUGAUCCUUCGUCAGAAGAGUUCAAGGAGAAUGAGAGGCAAAUGAGCGAGGUCAUGAGCCGCAUGCAGGAGCUUGCCCGCAAGAUUCAAAAGGGAGGAUCUGAGAAGGCCAGACAGAAGCACAUUGAGCGCAAGAAGAUGCUCCCCAGAGAUCGAGUUACAGCUUUGAUCGACCCUGGAACUACGUUUAUGGAGCUCUCUCCCAUGGCUGGAUAUGACCUUUAUCCUGAGGCCGAGGUACCCGCAGGUGGUAUCAUCACAGGUGUGGGUGUUGUCGAGGGUGUGACUUGUGUCAUCGUCGCCAAUGAUAGCACCGUCAAGGGCGGUACAUACUAUCCUAUCACAGUCAAGAAGCACUUGCGCGCCCAAGCAGUUGCCAGAGAGAACAAAUUACCAUGUAUCUACCUUGUGGACAGCGGCGGUGCCAACCUCCCCCACCAGGCCGACGUCUUUCCCGAUCAGAAUCACUUUGGUCGCAUCUUUUACAACCAGGCCCGUAUGAGCUCAGAGGGUAUCCCCCAGAUCGCCGUUGUUAUGGGCCCUUGCACAGCUGGUGGUGCUUAUGUCCCAGCCAUGAGUGACGAGAGCAUCAUCGUUCAGGAGCAGGGCCACAUUUUCCUCGCUGGUCCUCCUCUUGUCAAGGCGGCGACCGGAGAAGUUGUCAGCCACGAGGACCUGGGUGGUGGUAAGAUGCACUCAUCUGUGUCUGGUGUAACAGAUUACCUGGCCGUGGAUGACGCUCAUGCCGUGGUCUUGGCCCGGCGCUGCAUCAGCAACCUGAACUGGCCCAAGAAGUCGCCAGAGACACAGGCUCCCAAGCCUACAUACUUGGAACCUCUCCACAACCCUGAGGAACUGCUUGGCAUUGCUACAACCAACCUGCGAAAGCCUCUUCCCAUCCGCGAGGUCAUUGCGCGUGUUGUGGAUGGCUCUGAGUUCUCUGAGUUUAAGCGUGACUUUGGCACUACUCUCGUGACUGGUUUCGCCGAGAUUUACGGCCACAAGGUUGGCAUCGUGGCUAAUGACGGUAUUCUCUUUGCCUCGUCAGCCGUCAAGGGUGCGCACUUCAUCGAGCUUUGCUCGCAGCGCGGUAUCCCGUUGGUUUUCCUUCAAAACAUCUCUGGCUUUAUGGUAGGCUCGCAAUCGGAGCGGGAUGGUAUCGCAAAGCAUGGCGCUAAGUUGGUCACGGCCGUGGCUUGUGCAGACGUGCCCAAGUUCACUGUCGUCGUUGGUGGCAGCUACGGUGCUGGUAACUACGGAAUGUGUGGACGAGCUUACAGCCCGCGAUUCCUAUGGAUGUGGCCCAACGCCAAGGUUGGUGUCAUGGGCGGCGAGCAAUUAGCUGCUGUUAUGGAAACUGUUGGUAAGACAGUUGAUGCAGGCUUGAAGGAGCGCAUUGAGAAGGAGAGUGAUGCUACAUUCUCUUCUGCACGGUUAUGGGACGAUGGUAUCAUUCCUCCCCAACAUACAAGACGAUAUCUGGGUCUCGGUUUACAGGCUGCUAUGGGAGGCAGAAACGAGGUCAAGGCGGGUGAUACCAAGUUUGGAGUCUUCCGGAUGUAG